AUGCUUAACUAAGCCUUUCUCUUUUAAGUACUUGAGGAACGAUUAAACAAAAUUUAUCAAGGGAAUAUUGUUGUCUUGGAAUAAAUUCAAUACUUUAAAUUAAAGAACAUAAGAACUAUAAUUGUUGUUGGAUAAUAAAAUCAUACUAAGUUUACAGAUUAUGCUACCUAUCAUGUACUAUUGAUAAAAUGACAUAGAGAGUAGAUGAAAACAUUGGAGAAGCAAUAGACAUAUUUGAAAAGACUUCCCAAAUCAUUUAGAACGAAAUAAAACGUUCUUCUGUAUUAGUAUGUUGUCAGAAUGGAUUGAAUUGGAGCACAGCUAUUUUAAUAGCCUAUUUAAUUAGUGCUAAGAAAUGGUAAUAUGAAAAGGCCUUUUAUCAUUUAAAAUCUAUGAAAUAUGUAGUAAAUCCAUCAUUAGCACUCAAAAAGUAACUAAUUUUAUUCAACACUAAAGUCCAUAGUAUGAAAAAUUUAAAUCAAGAAAACAAAAUAAUUCAAUCUUAUUUAAUUGUUCCUUCUAAAUUCUAAUAAAGAAUAAUUGAACAAAAUUAAAAACUAUAAUAUUUUGAGGAUUCUAGACAUUCACAAGAGGAAAGAAAUUCAACAAGUUCUAAUUAAUGUGAUAAGACUCCUAUGUUUUAUUCUCCAAAAAACUAAAACAACAAUAAUAAUAAUAGUAGUAAUAGUAUUGGUAAAAAGAAACUUUCUGUUGUAUAAUCAGAUACUAAGAUCAUAAAAAAAUAGAGUUUAACAAAAUUAGUAAGAUAAUUAAGAAAUUAUACAUUCUAAAUUGAUGAUGGAAAUUUUAUCAAUAAUAAUAAUAAUAAUAAUAAUAAUAAUAAUAUUAAUAUUAUUAAAUAGAAUGCCAAUAAUUAUUUUACAAAUUAACCUCUAAUUACAAAUUCGCCAAAAUUCAAAGAUGAAGAAUAGCCUAUGAUAAAGCCUACAAGAAGAAAAUUUGCACAUAGAACAAAAAGUACUAUAAAUGGUUGAUUUAUUAAGGGUUUAAAAAUGCCUUUUAUUUUAAUUUCCUUAUGGUUUUAAUAAUCAGUAUAUUCGUUAUAUUAAAAUUAAAAUUAAAAAAUGUUAGAUAAUUAUUAGUGUCCAAGCAAAUAACAUUGUUUAUAGAAAAAUCAUCAGAAGAAAUAUCAGGAUGAUUCAGUAAACGAUUCUAAUUCUUUUAAAUUAACUUCUAAUAUUAGAAAUUAAAUAUUAGGAGUAUCUAAAAUAUCAGACAUUAAAGUCUACAAUGAUUAUUCUAUUGAUUCAUAGAUAUUUGAUAAGAGCAGUAUCUUGGAAUAAUCAUUAGAAUAAGAACUUAGAAUAUGGAAGGAACAAUAUAAAAUUGAUCCUCAAGUUGUCUAAAAAAUAGAAUAAUGUAUUAUGAUGAUAGUUACAUUCUAGAAAUAAGAAAUAUUGAUAAUCAAAUAACUUAAUUAGCAACAUAAUUUGAAAUAUGCAUCAAUUUACAAUAAAAAACUUAAUCAUAUUUUUAAGAAUUUCAACAAAUUGUCAAAGGAACAACUUUUACAAAGUUCUCUAGAUCUAAUAGUAAAAAAACUGCUUUAAGAACAAUAUUCUAUUGUCCUUUUUUGAGUGCAAUUUGUUGGAAAUCUAAAACAUCUAAAUUUCCUUCUUCUAAAUAAAUUAUUCCAAUAGAUUAAAUAAUUCAGAUACAUACUAAUUAUUCAAAGUAAGUUAAUAUAUUUUAAACAAUAGAUAUAAAUUAUUUAAAAAAAACUUUACAAUUCCUAAAUAAUUUAAUGAAGAGUUUUUUCUAGCAAUUGAAGGAAGAAACGGAUAUCGUUUAGAAUUGAUUGCAGAAUCAAAAUAAGAAUAAGAUCUAUAUAUAAGAAUACUAAAUUAAUUAAUAGACAAUAAUCAAAAAUCAUUCAAUAGUUCAUUUUUUAUUGAAUAAUAUUCACAAAACAUUGACUAAAUAAAAAAGGUAAUAAUUUUUAUCUAAAGAUUAAUAGAAUUUAGAUAACUCUAAAUUAUGUUUUAUAGAGGCUAUGGAAAAAUUAUAAUAUAAUUUCAUUUAAAAUACAACAUCAUUACUAUAACAUGAAAAAGAAAAGAAUAUACUUUUAAAAAAGAGAUCUUGCCAUAUGAUGAAUUAGAAUAAAUAAUUAAUUGACGAAUUAGGAUAAUAAAAUCAUAAAUAGAAGCAAAUGAUUUAAGAAUUAUAAUUAUAAAAGGAAUAUUAUGAAUAAAGGAUUGUAUAAUUGUAGGAGUUUUAUAAUGUAAGAACUAUGCAAUUUAAAACAAGUUAGAGCCCUUAAAUUUCAUAAAUUAAUCAAAUCCUAAAAGAUAUUAUAGGGCUAAAUGGAGAAAAUAGUGUUUACAAUGAAUCUUUGAUUGAUAUACAGGUCUAAUAAAUAGAUCAAUAUUAAGAUUGUUUGAAAAAUCUAAGAAAAGUUUAAGAAAUCUUAGUAAACUAAUAAAAUUUAGAAAUAAAUUUAAGAACUAAAAUGGAAAAGUAUUAGAGUGAAAAUUAGAAUUUAUAACAAUAAAUAAAAAAACUUUAAAAUGAUACAGUUGAAUGCGAAGGAAUAAAUUAAAUGUUAUAAAAAAAAUUAAUUGAUUUUAAUUUAAAUAUGGAAUCAAAAGAGGAAUAAUUUAAUACUGUUAUAAAAGAGAUUUAAAGUCUAAAAUAACAUUUACCUUGUAGAAUGAGCACAUCAUAAUCUUAAUCAGAAUAUUCAAUCAAAUUUAGUGAAUAAGAUCAAAUUCUUUUUAAUUUCUAUCUGUAAAUUAUGACAUUUGUUUUUUUUGUUUUGGUUCCUGAAGAACUUAAUAAUGAAUUUGAUUAAAUUAUGCAAGGAUUUUUUUUGAAGAUAAGUACAAAAUAUGGAGAUUUGCUAUAGAUAUCUUUAUUGAUAAAAUAAAUAAAUAAAGUGUAUCAAAAUUUAGAAUUACAAUAAAGAAAUAAAAUAGAUUAAAUGUUUAAAGAAUAAAUUUAUCAUUAUUAGAAUUACAUUCAAAAAUCUAAUAAAAAAAGUAUGCCUUCACCUACAAAUACUUAAAAUUAAAUUAAAUUACUAUCAAUUGACAAAACAUUUUCAUCUCCAAAUAAUAAGAUUUUUGUUAAGAAUAAUGCAAAAUUUUAUAAGAGAGAAGCAUUUUAAUCUUUAGAUCCUUAAUAAAUAAAAUAUUUGUCAUAAUUAGUUAAAUGA